AUGAAUUUGUUUUUGAAUUGCUUCUCAUCUUUUGCAUGCCUGCUGUUUUUAACUCAUUUUGCCAAUUCGAAUCAGAUCAGCAACAGUUCAGGAUAUUGUUGCACACAUCUCUCUGGCCGAAAAAUCCGAAGUGUAGUCCCACUUGACUGUCAACUUGGCCAGUGGGCUCAAUGGACAGUGUGUUCGCCUUGUGAAAUGAGAAAGUUCAGAUAUAGGAAUCUGAAUCGGCCAGCCAUAUAUGGCGGCAGUCUAUGUAUUGGAUCUUUAUGGCAAGAAGAUUCAUGCGAAACGUCUGAACAAUGCAUACCAGAAAAUAACUGUGGUGAUCAGUUUCAAUGCAGUUCAGGUCGAUGUAUUAAAAGACAUUUGCUGUGUAAUGGUGAGAGAGACUGUGCAGAUUUUUCAGAUGAAGAAACCUGUGAGUCUGAUUAUCCAAAUGAGAGAAGGACUUUCUGCAGUAACUUGUUUGAAAUCCCAGGCAUAGAAGCAAUUAUGACGGGCUAUAACAGCUUAAUAAGUAAAGUUGGAAGAACUGUUUUAGAUACUGGGUUUGGUGGAUAUUGUGAAUAUGUGUAUAAUGGGGACUGGAGGGAACUGCGAUAUGACAGUGAAUGUGAGCACCUCUAUUAUAACGAUGAUGAGAAAUACUUCCGAAAACCAUACAAUUUACUCACGUAUCGUUUUGAGGCAAUUGCUGAUUCUGGAUUUACCAUAGAUGUUCACAAUAAUGUAUAUGAAUUAGCUACAGCAAUGAGGAGUUCAGACUCUUUUGAUUUUGGAGUUGGUGUGAAAGUUUCUGUUGUAAAAGCUGCGAUUGCUUUUGGAGAGUAUUCCACAUUUAUUAAAAAUGUAACAAGGUUUCAAGGGAAGGAUGUUAGUUUUGUUCGUGUUCGUACUAAAAUUCAAACUGCUCACUUCAAAAUGAGGAGAUAUAAUUUACUUUUGGAUGAAGAUAUGACUCAAUCCCUAAUGAAACUUCCAGAUGAAUACAAUUAUGGAAUGUACGCUAAAUUCAUUGCAGAUUAUGGUACUCAUUACUAUGCUUCAGGAACACUGGGAGGUGUUUAUGAAUUCAUUCUUGUUCUGAAUAAGAAGGUAUUGGCAGAGUCAGAUGUGACUGCAUCCGAAGCUGGCUUUUGCGUUGCAGGAUCACUAGGAGUAGUGGUUUCAAAAGGACCUUUGAAAGUGGGUGGCUCCAUAAAGGGCAACCUUUGUAAAAAUAAGUUGGACCAUAAAGAACCUUCAGAAACAUCAAGUAGCCUUGUUGAAGAUGUUCUUCCACAUGUACUAGGAGGAGACCUGAAAUCAAGUGCUGGAUUAUUAGGUCAUGGAGUACCAAAUGUCAAAAUGUAUCGACAUUGGGGUAAAUCUUUGAAAUAUCUGCCAGCUGUGAUUGACUUUGAGCUCAUGCCAAUUUAUGACUUGGUGGCCAGAAGUAAUCUUCCGUCUGUUGAAAUUAAACAACAAAAUUUAAAAAGAGCCUUGGAAGAGUACGUGGCAGAGUUUAAUCCCUGUAGGUGUCCUGUGUGCUAUAAUAAUGGAAAAGCAAUUCUUCUGGACAACGUCUGUACCUGUGAAUGUCUGCCUGGUUAUGAAGGGAAAGCGUGCCAGGAUACUAAACGAAAGGGGCCCACUAAUGGAAAUUGGAGCUGUUGGUCAGGAUGGUCACCUUGCCAAAAUGGUUCAAAGCAGCGAACAAGGAGCUGUAAUCAUCCACCCCCUAAAGAUGGUGGUGCUACAUGCCUUGGGAAGAACGCACAAUCCAAACAUUGUUAA